AUGCGCGCGCGCCGCAAAGGCCCACCAAUGGGUUCCGUCCUCGCCUUCCUAGUCGGCACAUUGCCGCUCGCGUCCGGGUCAAUCCGCCGACCCGAGAUGGUGGCGGCGGCGCGCUCGGUCCUCCGUCCUGAGGUGGUGGUGGGGAACCACAACGCCGAGGCUGUGGCGGAGGCGCACGUGGAGGCGGUCGAGGCGAACGUGGAGGCGGCAGAGGCGGGCGUGGUGGCGGAGGCGCAGGCGGCGGAGGCGGAGGCCGGGUGCGCGCUGCGCCUGCUCGGCGGAACAUGCUGGUCGUGGCGCGAUGAGAAGGAGGCCGUGCCGGUGCCGUUCGAAGAGGCGACGCCGCGGACUGAGGCGCUCAAGCUCGGGCCGUCAUGCGAGACGGACUGGUUUUCCGACGCGGUGGCGUCGCAGCUCUCCGAGUGGACGGCGUCUGAGAUCCGGCGGAUGCGCGGCAAGGACGCGCUGACGAUGACGCUCUCGAACGACGACGUGCCGGUGCUGCAGCGGCUCGGCCUCGAGGGGACUGAGAUCGAGGUGUACGGCGGCGCGCUCAGCCCCGGCGCGAUGGUCACGCUGCAACCUGACGCCGGACACGUCACGCUGCGCAACCUGACGCUGGUCGACAUCGCGCCGGUCCGAGUCUCGUACGGCAUGUGCUACGACGACUACGAGUGGUGGCAGAGGCAGGACCUGCUCACGCAGUGGCUCGCGGGGCGGGCCCCGGACGGCGCCCAAGUUGCGCUCACGCACAUCGACGUGCGGGUCGAGGGGCGGUGGACGCUGCGGCAGUCGACGGUGGGCGGGAUGCGGGUGACGUACGACUACGGCAGCGCGGAGCUCACGCUGCGCGGAAACAUGCUGCUCGACUACGACAUGCACGCGCUCACGACGUCCGCGAUGAGGCGGUGCCGAGGCAACUUUGAGAUCGGCGACCUCGACGUCGUUCCGUCGCUGAUGCCGGAGGCUGCGGCCGAGGCGAUGCUCAACCCGUUCCUGCCCGUCCUCGCGCAGGAGAUCGCCUCCAUCCUCUGCUACGGCGGCCCGGACCCGGAGGGCGGCCUCAACGUCGUCGGCGCAAUCACGCCAAAGGUCCAGUUCUCGGGCGGCGACUCGGUCUCGGUCCAGUUCUCCGGGCUGCAAGGCCUGACCAACGCCCUGCUGCGCGAGCACGCGGGCGUGCUGUGGCUGUUUGAGAACCGCAACGCCGAGCGCUUCCUGCCCUCCCCGCCGCCGCCGCAGCCGCCGCCACAGCCGCCGCCUCCGCCCCCGCACCCGCCGCGCGAUUGCUGGCUGCCUUGCGGCGGCGCGUCGGGCGCCUGCCGCGGCUUCUGCGGCGGCAGCGGGCUGUGCUGCUCGACGAGCUACGAGCUCACGACGGCGCAGCAGGGAGGCUGCCCCAAGUGGGCUGGGUGCGACGGCUUCCACUGCUGCGUCGAUGAGCAGCGCUCCUUCUGGGACGCGUGGGACGGGGCAGGCUGGCACCGCCUCGGCUGGCGCGCCGAGGACACCACGCGCCGCUGGCAGCAAACGGCGGCGAGCCGCUGGCAGCAAAAGGCGGCGAGUGGCUUCAGCUGGCGCACCCACGAGGCCUCCUCGCACGACGGCUUCCUCGGACCGCUCGACGGCGUGCUCGAGCUGCGCUCGUACACUCCGCCGCCGCGCUUCCCCCCCCUCCUCCCACCCCCGCCGCCGCCGCCACCUCCACCGCCACCUCCACCGCCGCCGCCGCCACCACCGCCUGUCGUCUCCGAGGCAGCCAACCGAGGCUGGUGGUUGCUCCGCGUUGAAGGGCGCUCGAGCGGCCCCUCUAGACGCUUGCGACCGCUCGCCACGACAGCGAUUGUGCUACUCGCCGUCGCGUUCGCUGCUCUUGGCCUAGUAGCUGCGAGGCGGCCGCGAGUAGGUAGUCGCGCAUCCUCCUCAGCCGUAUUGAUGAUUUAGUUUGUCGUGACUCGGGCGUGUUUUUUGGACCCUUGAAUGGGUGGCUGUA